GCGUGGCCCCGGGCGUCCCACGAGGUGAAGAUGCUGCUGGCGGAACCUGCAGGAGCUAGCGGGAUUCGGGGGCGCUAAAGUCUCAGGGGCAGGGCGGGAAGGAAGAUCCGGCGCGGGGCACAGGAUCCGGAGCUGGAGCCCCCAGAAUUUUCCCACUGUAAAAAACCGAGCAGGUCUGGACAAGUGAGCCUGGCUCCAUGUAUCCAGAAUCAACGACGGGCUCCCCGGCUCGGCUCUCGCUGCGGCAGACGGGCUCCCCCGGGAUGAUCUACAGGAACCUGGGCAAGUCUGGCCUGCGGGUCUCCUGCCUGGGACUUGGAACAUGGGUGACCUUCGGAGGCCAGAUCACCGAUGAGAUGGCAGAGCAGCUCAUGACCUUGGCCUAUGAUAAUGGCAUCAACCUCUUCGAUACAGCAGAAGUCUACGCAGCCGGCAAGGCUGAAGUGGUACUGGGAAACAUCAUUAAGAAGAAAGGAUGGAGGCGGUCCAGCCUCGUCAUCACCACCAAGAUCUUCUGGGGCGGAAAGGCGGAGACGGAGCGGGGCCUGUCCAGGAAGCACAUAAUCGAAGGUCUGAAAGCUUCCCUGGAGCGACUGCAGCUGGAGUACGUGGAUGUGGUGUUUGCCAACCGCCCGGACCCCAACACCCCGAUGGAAGAGACCGUCCGCGCCAUGACCCACGUCAUCAACCAGGGGAUGGCCAUGUACUGGGGAACGUCACGCUGGAGCUCCAUGGAGAUCAUGGAGGCCUACUCCGUGGCCCGGCAGUUCAACCUGACCCCGCCCAUCUGCGAGCAGGCUGAGUACCACAUGUUUCAGCGUGAGAAAGUGGAGGUGCAGCUGCCGGAGCUGUUCCACAAGAUAGGAGUGGGCGCCAUGACCUGGUCCCCUCUGGCCUGUGGCAUUGUUUCUGGCAAGUACGACAGUGGCAUCCCACCCUACUCAAGAGCCUCCUUGAAGGGCUACCAGUGGCUGAAGGACAAGAUCCUCAGUGAGGAGGGCCGGCGCCAGCAAGCCAAGCUGAAGGAGCUGCAGGCCAUCGCCGAGCGCCUGGGCUGCACCCUGCCCCAGCUGGCCAUAGCCUGGUGCCUGAGGAAUGAGGGAGUCAGCUCCGUGCUCCUGGGGGCCUCCAACGCGGACCAGCUCAUGGAGAACAUUGGGGCGAUACAGGUAAGAGUGAGAGGCCUUGCUGGGCAGAGGGCCCAUCCCAGCCCGAGCCCCGUCCAGUGCAUCCUCCCAGGCUCGUCCUGCGUGCCAGGCUCUGUUCUAGGCACUCAGGAUGCGCCCGUGAACCAUCAGAGUUGUGCUCCUGGAGAGCUUGCUUUCCAGCAGGAACAGACAUGAACACUAACUGCACGAAACAAGGAGGUUGGAAUGUGUGUCAGGGUGGACGAGCGCUGUAGGAGAGAAGCCAGAGAUAAGGGGAGGGAGCUGGGGCCAGGGACGGCGGCGCUGCAGACUCAGGUUCAAGGGAGCCUGUCAGGUGGGCUUGUUGAGAAGGUGGUGCUUGAGCAGUCUUGAGAGAUGCGGAGUAAGUCACGCAAAUGCCUGCGGGAAGAACCUUCCACCAGCAGGAAGAGCUGAUGCAAAGGCCCAAAAAGGCCUGGAGCAGAGGGGCAGAUCCCGAGAGGCACGAAACACCUCCAGGGACUUCUGAGUGAGACGGGAGCCGUGGCGAAAUUGUGGGCAGAGGAGGACGAGCUGCAGCUCAGCCUGGAAAGGGAGCCUGCUCUCCGGCUGCUCCGUCGGGAAGGCUUUGGGAAGCAAAAGUCGAAGCAGAGAGCCCUGGUGGGAAGUGGCAGCUGCGGGUCCGAGACGGGAGUGGUGGUUGGAUCCUGGAUGUUUGGGAAGGUGGGGCCCCCGGGACUGGCUGACAAACUGGAUGUGGGGGUGAGAAGGCGAGGUGGAAGUCAGCCCCCGGGUGUGUCACCCGGAAGGGUGGCGGUGCUGUUAGCUGAGGCAGGCGCAGCUGGAAAAAGCAGUCACGGACAUGGAAGUCCAGCAUUUGGCCUGGAGUUUGCAUUUUAUGUCACUGCUGCCACCACCCUUCAGGAAGGUUCUAGGGCACCUUGACAUUUGAGAGGGAGUGCACAGACCCAGGCAUGCUUCCUCUCUGCCCCAAGCCUUCUGAAACACAAAAGCAGCGUGGCCUCCGUCUGCCUCAGAUGGAGCCCAGAUGUGAUGGGGUAACCCGGGCCUGGCCAGCCGACCAUCUGGAAGAGCCUGGCCCCACCUCCUCCCCAGGCCAGGCCUGUCUUGUUGGUGGGAUUCUGAUUUGUUGUUGUUCUUGCACGCAGGUCCUUCCGAAACUGUCGUCUUCCAUUAUCCACGAGAUUGAUAGUAUUUUGGGCAAUAAACCCUACAGCAAAAAGGACUACAGAUCCUAAGCCGCCCCCGCCCGCCUGCUCGGACAGUUUCCGUUCCCUCCUAGUCUCUGUUCGCUCGCUUAAGCUGUUUUGAAGCCAAGUGAAGAGUGUGGUUUGCAUCCAAGAGAAAACACCACACUGUGAUGUCAUCGGGAAAUGAUCUCCCAAGUCGCUGCCAGACACCACCCACUGCUUCGCCGGACAAUGUCGAAGUCCAGUCUGUGCCGGGGAAGGCACUGGUUAGGAAGGAUGUUCAAACGGUCCCACCCAAGCCUGUCACCUCUGCUCAUCCUCCAAGACCACCCAGCUUUCUCCCAGCCACAGCCAAGAUUCCCAAAGUCAAGGCCCAAAGAUUUCCAAGGUUCCCAAAGUCAAGGCCAGGCCAAGGCCUGGUUGGGUCCUUGGGGCAGGCAGGGCCGGCCUCUCCUCUGCUGAGAAUCCCUACUUGGUGUAGGAGGAGAGGGGAAAGGGGUCUGGCCCAUCGAGGGGCCCCUUCUGCCAGGGCCUUGCUUGCUGGGGCAGGGCCUCCCCACUGGGGGUCUUCCUCCACCUCCCACUUUGCAAGGGCUCCAGGAAUCUGGGGCCUGACCCCAGGUUCCUCCCCCAUCCUUUUCUGCUCCAACCUGCCCCACUGGGUCCCGGCAGGGGCCAUGCCUACCAAGCUCGAGCUGGCCCUUGACCCCCACUCACCCCCACCCUUGCUGGCAGGGGCAGGGACCCCAGGGGGAUUGACUCUGCAGUUUGGGAGCCACAGAAAGCGUAGCGGUGUGAUUUCUAGCUCAGCCUCCCACCGUCUUCCUCCUACACACCAUUGAUGAGCCUCAUGCCAGUGAGGCCCGGAGCGCUUGGGAGGGGUCCCAGUGGGGCAGGCCCCUCUGUCUGGCCACCCCUCUGUCCUGGCCCCGGAAGGCCCUGUGGUCAUGUGCUCCUAGCUGCACGGUGGCUGCUGGCCACACCGCAGCAAGUGGCAGCAGGGGCCGGCCCUGUGCACAAGGAUGCACUCCUCUCGGCCCCUGUAGACUUUCUCUAAAGCUGCCCUCCAGCCCAGGCCGCUGCUCUGCACCAAGGUGGUGGGCUUGGGUUUUGUAGAGAGCAUGCUUGGACCCUUUCAUUAAGGAAGGGUCCUUGGGGUUUUCUGUGCCCAUGACUUGGGGGCUGCACCCCCACAGCACCCCCACAAUGUAGGAAAAGACCUCAGGGAACCUCUCCCUGGAAAGAUGGCCAGGGCUGGUUAGCCCCUCCCACUGCCUGACACCUGAAACAGACUGGGCAGAGGGGAGAGAGGGCAGGACAGGCCAGAGUGACGCCCCCGUGCAGCUUGGGCCGGAGGGCGAGGGAUGCCAGUAAGUCUGCAGGUGCGGGGUGCCACCUACAGGCCCAGGCCUGUGUCCAGAGCAGUACCCAGGCUUUGCAGACCACGCAGGGCAGGGCUCCACUGAAGGCACCCCCACCCCUCGCCAGCUAGCUCCAUAGGGAAGCCUGUGUCUCCUGCCCCCAGGGCGCACCCUCAGUGCAGGCACCUCUGUUCCCGCUUUGCCCCUGGAGGAGCCACUAUUCCAGAAGGCUCCACCCUGCCGUCCUGCGGGAGCCUGCUGUCCAGUCCUGGCCGGGCCGAGGCCUGGGAAACUAAGUGUGAAAGUCAGAAAGGCCAGCGGGGAGAGGCUGGGGCGAGGGGAGGAGAGGGAUCAGCUUCUGCUAUUACCGACCCACCUUCAUGCUGCCCCUGGCGCCUAGAACCCUUGCCCCUCCUCGUAGACCAAGUCCCGGGGGUCUCCACUCAGUCCUGCUGCCUGCUUCACCAGAAGCAGCCCUGUGAGUGUGGGGUGGGGAAGUCCCUUCCCAACGGAGGUCCCAGCCUAUGGCCCUGGGCCCAGGUGGGGGUUGCCUGCUUCCUUCCCGGACAGGGUCCUGCAGUGGCCAAUGGUGCCAGAGGGCAGGUGGCCCACCCUCGCCGUCAGGGAGGGGGGCUGGCCCCAUCCCCACUGCCACCCAGCCCCACCCACUGUUGGAAGAGGGACCAGCGCGAGGUGGUGCCCAGGGUGGGCACUGCUGCUUAACGCGAGGCACACCUGGGGCAGCUGAGCCCCCAAAGGCUGCGGGUUUGCCAAACACAGAGAGGCCAGGCCCCGGUGUCAGGAUGCAGUCAGCCUCUGGCGCAGCUCUUUCCACGACCUGGUUCCUGGAUGUCCUGUUUGCUCCACACCCAUCUACAGGGAGGAUGUGAGGGGGCUCCGCCUCCUAGGGCCAGGUCCCCCCUCUCGGGAGGGGGUGUUGGGUAGGACCAUCCAAGAAAGGACAGAAGACCAAGGGCAGUCGGGGUCUAGAGAGGAGGGCGCUGCGGAGCCCCCACUGUUCCCCACUCAGCUUUGUGCUUAGAUCCCAGGUCCCAAGGAGUGACAGGGGCUUCCUCCCACCUUCUGUCCUUGUCCAGUCAUGUAAAUAAUGUGCUUUUUCUCUCCCCCAGUCUUUUUUUUUUAAACCUACCGGGGUUCCUCAGCUAACUGCAUUCCCUACCCAGGCAGAGACUGUCCUAUGCCUCGAGCUUCCAAACGAGACUCAGACCGCGACACAGCCACCGUAUUUAUGGAAUGACAAAAUAAAGCCCAAACCCAUCGGUCUCUGUGA